GGGCGCCCAAGGCUCCCCAGUUUCCGUAGGGAAGCGCCGGGCUACUGCAGCUAUUGUGCGUAGUGAUAUCGCCCUCCUCUUCCCUCUCGGGUGUCUAGGGUGGAAGGCUACGUUUUAUUGCCUCCUAGGCUUAACCCCUCCGGGGACUAACAGGACAGCAGGCCGGCUCCCUUGGACCAGGAAGAACUCUUGGGAGCAAGAACACUUUGGUAACGCAAUCCCAGGGUGCGUGGAGAACAGUUGGAGAAGGAGCCCGAGUGCUGAGGCUCGGCACAAGGGUUCGCUGGGGCUGGGCGGCAGCUCAGGCUUUAAGAAGGGGGAGGGGACAGUACAAUCAGGGCUGCCUGCGGAGCUCGGCAAAGGAAAUCUUCAGCUAGCUCGGGAACAAGGAGCGAGGAGAGGAGAGUUCCAGCCCCAGCGCUCACCACAGCCUACACUCUGGGCGGGCAGAAGUGUCACGUUUGCAGUUGCUCUGGAAGGAUCCCGCUGCUCUCCGGGGGCAAGCUGGGCCGCCUGUCUGGGGAGGCAAUGCCUUGGGGGCAUGCUGCUUGCUAGGCAGAAGAACCCAGCCCGGGUCGGACCGCAUUAGUUUGCUUUGCGUGUCACCUGAAGCAAUUGCCGGCCUCCCGCUUCCGGUAGAGGCCAGCCGGCUCUACCCGGGAAUCUCAACCGAACAGAACCAUGGGGCAUCCCCCGCUGGAGUUCAGCGACUGCUACCUGGACAGCCCUGAUUUCCGCGAGAGGCUCAAGUGUUAUGAGCUGGAGCUGGAGAGGACCAAUAAAUUCAUUAAGGACGUGAUCAAAGAUGGCAACGCGCUUAUCAGCGCAAUGAGAAAUUAUUCUUCAGCUGUUCAGAAAUUUUCUCAGACACUUCAGUCCUUUCAGUUCGAUUUCAUUGGAGAUACUCUGACUGAUGAUGAAAUUAACAUUGCUGAAUCCUUCAAGGAAUUUGCUGAAUUGCUCAAUGAAGUAGAAAAUGAAAGGAUGAUGAUGGUACACAAUGCUAGUGAUUUGCUGAUUAAACCCCUGGAAAAUUUUCGGAAGGAGCAAAUAGGCUUCACCAAGGAACGGAAAAAGAAAUUUGAAAAGGAUGGUGAAAGAUUUUAUUCUUUGCUGGAUCGGCACUUACAUCUGUCUUCCAAGAAGAAAGAAUCUCAGUUACAAGAGGCAGACCUCCAGGUGGACAAAGAGAGGCAUAAUUUCUUUGAGUCCUCCCUUGAUUAUGUUUAUCAAAUCCAGGAAGUUCAGGAGUCCAAGAAGUUCAAUAUUGUGGAGCCAGUCUUGGCCUUUCUUCAUAGCCUCUUCAUUUCCAACAGCUUGACUGUAGAGCUCACACAGGAUUUUCUCCCAUACAAACAGCAGCUCCAGCUCAGUUUGCAGAAUACAAGAAAUCAUUUCUCCAGUACUCGGGAAGAGAUGGAAGAACUUAAGAAAAGGAUGAAAGAAGCUCCCCAGACAUGCAAACUUCCAGGACAGCCAACCAUCGAAGGCUAUCUCUAUACACAAGAGAAAUGGGCUUUGGGAAUAUCCUGGGUCAAAUAUUACUGCCAGUAUGAGAAAGAGACCAAAACGCUCACCAUGACACCUAUGGAGCAGAAGCCAGGUGCUAAGCAGCAGGGGCCCUUGGACUUAACGCUGAAGUACUGCGUGAGGAGGAAGACAGAGUCUAUCGACAAAAGGUUCUGUUUUGAUAUAGAAACUAAUGAAAGGCCAGGAACCAUAACUUUGCAAGCUCUUUCGGAAGCUAACAGAAGGCUAUGGAUGGAAGCCAUGGAUGGAAAAGAACCUAUCUACCACAGCCCCAUAACAAAACAGGAAGAAAUGGAGCUGAAUGACAUAGGGUUCAAGUUUGUUAGAAAGUGCAUCAAUGUCAUUGAGACAAAAGGGAUCAAGACAGAAGGAUUGUACCGUACUGUGGGCAGCAAUAUCCAGGUUCAGAAGCUGCUGAAUGCCUUUUUUGAUCCUAAAUGUCCAGGAGAUGUUGAUUUUCAUUAUAGUGACUGGGACAUUAAGACAAUUACCAGCUCCUUGAAAUUCUACCUCAGGAAUCUUUCUGAACCUGUCAUGACCUACAGACUUCACAAAGAGCUGGUCUCUGCUGCCAAGUCUGACAACCUGGAUUACCGGCUGGGAGCUAUUCAUUCCUUGGUAUAUAAGCUACCUGAAAAGAACCGAGAGAUGCUGGAACUUAUUAUAAGACACUUGGUCAAUGUAUGUGAGCACAGCAAAGAGAAUCUUAUGACCCCCUCUAACAUGGGGGUGAUCUUUGGGCCCACACUGAUGAGAGCUCAGGAGGACACUGUUGCUGCCAUGAUGAACAUCAAAUUCCAGAACAUUGUGGUGGAAAUCCUAAUCGAGCACUUUGUCAAGAUCUAUUCAGGUCCACCUGAAGAAAGUGCUACACCUCCAGUGCCUCCACCUCGAGUGACAGCAAGAAGGCACAAACCAAUCACAAUUUCAAAGCGCUUGUUGCGAGAAAGAACAGUUUUUUAUACUUCUUCUGUGGAUGAAAGUGAAGAUGAAAUCCAACAUCAAACACCCAAUGGUGUUAUCACCAGCAGUAUAGAACCCCCCAAGCUACCACAAUACCCCAAACUGCCUAUUCAGAGGAGUGGGGAAGCUGAUACUGAGAGGCAGUCCCCAAGCAGGCUUGUUUCAGAUGGCAAGUUGGAGUCCUGUCCUGAAGUGGAUGUGGGGAAGCUGGUGUCUAGGCUGCAAGAUGGAGGAACCAAGGCCAUAUCAAAGGCCACCAAUGGACCUGUGCCAGGCUCUGGGCCCACCAAAGCACCCUCUUUCCAAAUAAAGAGACCAGCUCCUCGUCCCCUGACUCACCACAAGGAGGGAGACUCUGACAGUUUCAGCAAAGUGCGGUCUCUAGGAGAAAAGCCAACCAUUGUCCGCCCUCCAGUGAGGCCUCCAGAUCCUCCGUGCCGGGCAGCUACUCCCCAAAAGCCAGAACCAAAGCCAGAUAUUGUGGUUAGCAAUGCAGGGAGAAUCUCAUCGUCUGUGUAA